AUGUUUUACAGGAAUCUAAAAUCGACCAAAACUUCAGUGCAUAUUGUAAAUGUUUUCUUCCUUCUUAAGGGAUCAAUAGCCUAUGUUCCCCAACAAGCAUGGAUUCAGAAUGCAACUCUCAGGGAUAACAUUUUAUUUGGAAGAACUUUUGAAUCCAAACGUUACGCCAAGACAAUCUACACGUGUGCACUGCAGACUGAUCUUGACAUCCUGCCUGGAGGAGAUCUCACGGAGAUUGGAGAAAGGGGUAUAAACCUUAGCGGUGGACAGAAACAGCGUGUAAGCCUGGCCCGUGCUGUGUACUUCAAUGCUGAUAUCUACUUGUUGGACGAUCCACUCAGUGCUGUGGACUCACAUGUUGGAAAACACAUAUUUGAUAAGGUCAUAGGUCCAAGGGGAAAACUUAGAAAGAAGACGCGUAUCCUUGUCACACACGGGAUUGCUUUCCUUCCCCAAGUGGAUCAGAUCAUUGUCUUACAAGAUGGCAGAAUAUCAGAGGUCGGCACCUAUACUGAGCUGAUCAAGAACAAGGGAGCUUUUGCCGAGUUUUUGAAGACAUAUGCCACAGAGGAACAGACAAAACUUGAGUAUGCCGAAGACCCUACGCCAGAAAUAGUUGUAGAAGACGUGGAGGAAGUGGAUGGUCAGUUCAGUUCAAGACUCAGCCUUGAGAGACUUGAUAGUCACUCGGAUGUCCAACGUCUGAAGCGAGCAGAGAGUAUGUCGGUGAUCACUGUGGACACUGCUGAUUUAGACUGUCAGUUUACAAGACCAGAUCAGGAGCAGGCUGACAGGAUGAUUGAAGAAGAGAAAUCUCAAACCGGAAGGGUGAAACUGAAAGUGUUCUGGGCCUAUGCAAAGUCUCUCACAGUUCCCUUGUCCAUUUGCGUCGUUUUUUUCUUAGUGCUGGCAGAAGCUGCCUCAGUCUCCUCGGGAAUUUGGCUCGCUCGGUGGAGCUCCACGGAUGUAACUUCAGACGACCAACGCGAUCUUUUUCUUGGUGUUUACAGUGCUUUAGGCGUGUCCCAGUGCGUGUUAGUGCUGCUGCAAGCCUUAGCUCUGGCGACUGGAACAAUAAUAGCGUCCCGCUAUCUUCAUCAAAGAAUGCUGGACAACAUUCUGCACUCACCUAUGUCGUUUUUUGAGACCACUCCACAGGGGAGAAUCAUGAACCGCUUCUCUAAGGACAUCAGUGGCAUUGAUGAUAUGGUACCUAGGAGCGUGUCAUCGUUCCUGCGGACGUUCUUCGCCGUCAUCGCCUCAAUAUUCACGAUAAGCUUUGCCACACCCAUAUUUUUGGCUAUCAUUGUCCCUCUGGGAGUGUUGUAUAUUUUUAUACAGAGGAUAUACGUGGCAAGUUCUCGUCAGCUGAAAAGGAUUGAGUCUGUCAGUCGUUCACCGAUAUAUAACAAUUUUUUGGAGACCAUCAACGGAACUUCCACUAUCCGAGCCUUUGCUCAACAACAGCGCUUCAUACAAGGCAACUAUGCCAUUGUAGAUGAGAACCAAGUUUCCUACUAUCCCUCAAUAUCAUCAAACAGGUGGCUCGCUAUACGUCUGGAGUUUAUUGGUAACUUGAUCAUAUUUUUCGCUGCUGUUUUUGCUGUCGUUAGCCGCAAUUCUUUACAAAGCGGUCUCGUAGGCUUGUCCGUUACGUAUGCUUUGCAGGUAACCCAAACGCUUAACUGGAUGGUGCGAAUGAGCAGUGAUCUAGAGACGAACAUUGUUUCCGUAGAACGAGUGAAGGAGUACUCCGAGACUCCGACGGAGGCUGAGUGGAUUAUUCCAGAUAAUCGACCCUCAGAGGACUGGCCCGAGGCAGGAAACAUUGUCAUAGAAGAGUUUGACUUAAAAUACAGAGAAGGUUUACCUCUUGUGCUGAAGCAGAUCAAUUGUGAUAUUAAGCCGGGAGAAAAGGUCGGUAUCGUCGGUCGCACAGGUGCAGGCAAGUCAACUCUUACUUUAGCCUUGUUUCGUAUUCUUGAGAGAGCUGGUGGACGAAUUGUUAUCGAUGGUGUGGAUAUCGCCAAGAUUGGUCUUCAGGAUCUGCGGUCACGGCUUACUAUCAUUCCACAGGAUCCCGUGUUGUUUUCUGGAACGCUACGUGUCAAUUUGGAUCCGUUUGACAGUCACACGGACGAGGAGCUUUGGAAGAUUCUAGAGAUGAGUCAUUUGAAGAACUUUGUGUCAGGACUGGAAGAGGGUCUUUUACAUCCCGUGACUGAAGGAGGCGAAAAUUUAAGUGUUGGUCAGCGGCAAUUGGUGUGCUUAGCGCGUGCGCUGCUCCGUAAAAGUAGGAUCCUGGUUCUAGACGAAGCCACGGCCGCAGUGGACCUGGAAACUGAUGAACUCAUACAGCACACGAUUCGGCGAGAGUUCGCUGACCGCACUGUGUUCACCAUUGCUCACAGGCUCAACACUAUUAUGGACUAUACAAGGAUCAUGGUGCUGGACAAAGGUUUCAUGAUGGAGUUUGACACUCCACAGGCUCUGUUGGCUCAAAAGGGAAUCUUCUACAAAAUGGCUCGUGACGCUGGACUGGCUUGAGAAGCUAGGCACGUUAUGACGGCAUCAC